CUCAACUAUUUGUUAAAUUAACCACUGGUUUGUUUACCAUCGCUUCACUAUUUCGUUAAUUGAAAAUAAAUAAAUACCUAAAUAAAAUGGAAAGACCACAGAAAAUGCCCAAAGUGGCAAAGGUAAAAAACAAAGCGCCUGCCGAGGUACAAAUCACGGCGGAGCAAUUGCUUCGAGAAGCCAAAGAACGUGAUUUGGAAAUUCUUCCGCCACCUCCCAAACAAAAGAUAUCAGACCCCGCUGAGUUAGCUGAUUACCAACAGCGUAAACGCAAAGUAUUUGAAGACAAUCUUCGCAAAAAUCGCAUGGUAGUUAGCCAUUGGAUAAAAUAUGCGCAGUGGGAGGAAUCACAAAAGGAAAUACACCGAGCUCGUUCAAUAUGGGAACGUGCCCUGGAUAAUGAGCAUCGAAACAUUACCAUUUGGUUAAAAUAUGCUGAAAUGGAAAUGAAGAAUAAGCAAGUUAACCAUGCACGAAAUUUGUGGGAUCGCGCUGUUACCAUCAUGCCGCGCGUUAAUCAGUUUUGGUACAAGUACACCUAUAUGGAGGAAAUGUUGGACAAUGUAGCAGGAGCCCGGCAAGUGUUUGAACGCUGGAUGGAAUGGCAACCUGAGGAACAAGCUUGGCAAACCUAUGUUAAUUUUGAACUUCGCUAUAAAGAAAUCGAUCGGGCGCGUGCAAUCUAUGAACGUUUCGUUUACGUUCACCCUGAUGUUAAAAACUGGAUUAAGUUUGCGCGAUUCGAAGAGUCGCAUGGAUUUGUACACGGAGCUCGACGGGUUUACGAGCGAGCCGUGGAAUUCUUUGGAGAUGAUUACAUCGAUGAGCGACUGUUUAUUGCUUUUGCGCGAUUUGAAGAGGGCCAGAAAGAGCAUGAUAGAGCACGCGUUAUUUACAAAUAUGCAUUAGAUCAUCUGUCCAAAGACCGAACAAAGGAGCUUUAUAAAGCUUACACAAUACAUGAGAAAAAAUAUGGCGAUAGGGCAGGUAUCGAAGAUGUUAUUGUGUCCAAGCGAAAAUUCCAAUAUGAGCAGGAGGUGGCUGCUAAUCCCCAAAACUACGAUGCCUGGUUUGACUAUCUGCGUCUCAUCGAAGGUGAGUUUGUUAUAAGUGUUGCAUGCAUAAAAAUGCAUAUGGAAAUUGUGUAA